CAGACAAGAGGGAAAACAUAAGAGGAGAAAGUAGGAGAAGAAGAGGAAAAGGGGAAGAGAACAAGAAGGAAGAGGAAAGCGAUAUAUUGCCAGUGGCUGCUCUUAACUGCUUGCCCUCACCUCCACCGGACAGGAUCUACUGCCCCUCAUCAUCAUUCCUCUUCAUUAUUAUCACCAUCAUCCUCUUCAUUAUCCAGACCUCUCUUCCUCAUCACCAUGCCGGGUUGGCGGCGGAACCUUACUUUCUGUCUGCAGCGGUUGCACGAGGAAGAUGAUGGACCAUAUGGGAAAACUAAGGAUAUCUCUGGACCAGAGCAUACCAUGGCCUCAAGAAGACACAGCAUACCUGAAGCUCUGCGGGGGGUGACUAUGGUGGAGCUGGUGAAGAAAGAAGGCAGCACACUGGGCCUCACCAUCUCAGGAGGAACUGAUAAGGAUGGAAAACCACGUGUAUCAAACUUACGACCUGGAGGACUGGCAGCCAGGAGUGACCAGUUAAAUGUUGGGGACUACAUCAAAUCCGUGAAUGGGAUCAAUCUGACCAAACUGCGGCACGAAGAGAUAAUCAGCUUAUUGAAAAAUGUAGGAGAGAGGGUUCUGCUGGAGGUGGAGUAUGAACUGCCCCCCACAGCACCAGACAGCACCUCAGGGGUUAUAUCAAAGACAAUUGACAUCUGUUUGCACAAAGAAGGGAGCAGUUUUGGUUUUGUCAUGAGAGGCGGUACCCACGAGGACUGGCACAAAUCACGCCCUUUAGUGGUCACCUAUGUCAGGCCAGGAGGCCCUGCAGACAGAGAAGGUACCCUGCGCCCUGGCGAUCGUCUCCUCAGUGUGGAUGGUGUGCCACUACACAACGCAAACCACAGUGAUGCCCUCAGCGUGUUGGCCCAAUGUGGCCAGGAAGCCCUGUUCCAAAUUGAGUACGAUGUAACUAUCAUGGACACACUGGCAAAUGCAUCUGGUCCACUGUUAGUGGAAAUAGCCAAGUCUCCAGGAGCAACACUAGGCAUCACGCUGACAUCAGCCAAUCAUCAAAACAAACAGGUCAUUGUCAUCGACCGGGUUAAACCUGGCAGCGUGGUGGACAGAUGUGGAGCACUGCAUGCUGGGGAUCACCUGCUGUCUAUAGAUGGGACAUCAACAGAGCACUGUACGGUUCUGGAGGCAACACAAUUAAUAGCAAGCACAACAGAACUGGUUAAAUUAGAAAUUCUUCCCUCGCAUCAAACGAGGCUAACUGGAAAACAGCAUGACACAGUCAAGGUUCAGAAGUCGGACCAUCCCCACUCCUGGGACCCUUGUGUUAAUUACUGUCCCCCUCCAAACUCCACUCUCUGCAACACAAGUUCGACCCUCAAUAAAUCGUGGACAGCCUCUAACAACAACACAAUCAACAACCUUGACUACUGCAAGUCUCUUGUAUCAGCCAGUUUCUCUCCUGCCUCUACAACCACUUCUGGGCCCAGCAGCCAGAGCUCGAGCACGUUACCCAGGCCCACUGUUCCCAUGAGUCCCCGUAAUUCACUGCUCAAACGGCGGCAGAGAAAGAAAGAGCAUAAGAGCUCCUUGUCCCUGGCCUCCAGUUCGGUGGGUCCAGGUGGUCAGGUGGUUCACGUAGAGACCAGUGAGGUUGUCUUGACAGGUGACCCACUGAACGGCUUUGGUGUACAACUACAGGGAGGAAUAUUUGCCACCGAAACGCUGUCAGCACCACCACUUAUUCGAUUCAUAGAGCCUGACAGCUCUGCAGAGAGGUGUGGCCUGCUGCAGGUAGGAGACCGUCUUCUGUCAAUCAAUGGAAUCCCCACAGAAGACGGAACACUCGAGGAAGCCAAUCAGCUCCUCCGAGAUGCUGCAUUGACCAAUAAGGUCACACUGGAAAUAGAGUUUGAUGUAGCAGAAUCAGUGGUGCCAAGCAGUGGUACUUUCCAUGUCAAACUGCCGAAGAAAAGAGGAGUGGAACUGGGGCUCACCAUCAGUGCCAAUAAGAAGCCAGGAGAGCCUCUUAUCAUUUCUGACAUCAAGAAGGGGAGCAUGGCUCACAGAACAGGAACACUGGAGCCUGGAGAUAAGCUGCUGGCUAUUGACAACAUCAGACUUGAAAACUGUUCCAAAGAUGAUGCGGAGCAGAUCCUCCAGCAGUGUGAGGAACUCGUCAAAUUAAAAAUACGUAAAGAUGAAGACAACUCAGAUGAGCAGGAGACAUCAGGCAGCAUCAUAUACACAGUGGAACUGAAGCGGUACGGAGGCCCUCUGGGUAUCACCAUCUCUGGCACUGAGGAGCCUUUUGACCCCAUCACUAUAUCAGGCCUAACUAAGAGAGGCCUUGCAGAAAGGACAGGGGCUAUACAUGUAGGUGAUCGGAUCUUGGCUAUCAACAGUGUCAGCCUGAAAGGGAAGCCGCUGAGCGAAGCCAUCCACUUGCUGCAGAUGGCUGGAGAGACGGUCACUCUCAAAAUAAAAAAACAGCUUGACAACAUAGAAGACAGGAAGACAGCAGAUGUAGAGGACACAACAGAAAACGAGAUCAGUGACCCUGAGGAGGACGAUUUGACAGACAGCCAACAAACCAACAAGCUAUCAGAGCUCUACUCCACAACAAUACCCAGCGUUGACUCUGCUAUGGAGUCAUGGGAUGGCUCAGGGCUGGAUGCAGGCUAUGGGAGCCAGGGUACAUACACCCAUCAAGCAGCUGGUAUCGCUCUACACCCGCAUGAGUGGCGUAGUGCCAAGCAGCAACGAAGUACCACGCCUCCUCCUGGACGUCGGAAGAACUACCCGUUUAGUGACGGAGGCUUCAGUGAGGAUGACUGGGACAAACCACCAGGAUUUAUUGGCCAGCAACCGGAUGGCAUUCUAUUGGAUCCAGAAGACAGUUUCUGGUGUCAAGCUCUGGAGGACCUGGAGACCUGUGGCCAGUCAGAACUACUAAGAGAAAUAGAGGCAUCCAUCAUGACAGGCACAGCCAUCAGUCUUGGUGUAGAUGGUGUCAACAAGCCUCCAUCUGAGCCCAUACUGACCCACAGCAGGAUGAGCCCAUUGCGGCGAAAUUCUCUCCUGCAUCAAGGCAACUUGCACCACCAGGGAACACACCUCCAUCAGGGUGUCCAUCUUCACGAGGAAGCCCACCUUCAUGAAGAGGCUCAACUUCACCAAGACCCCCAUCUGCACGAGGAGGCCCAUUUCAACCAGGAAUUGCACCUACAACAAGGGGUCCACAUUCACCAAGAUAUCCAAUCCCCUCUCCUGCACCACGAGCCCAAGUCAAAGGCCUCACUGAGAGUAUCAGAGAGGACAUGGGAGUCCCGUCGGAUCAAAGAGGAGAUGCAGGGUAUUCUGUCACCAACACCACUAGAGCUUCACAAAGUAACAGUGAUAAAGGACCCAGAGAGUGAUGACUUUGGCUUUAGCGUGUCAGAUGGUUUCUUGGAAAAAGGUGUUUAUGUCAACAUGAUCAGACCUGAUGGCCCUGCUGACAGAGCCGGGCUUAGACCCUAUGACAGGAUCCUGCAGGUGAACCAUGUAAGGACGAGAGACUUUGACUGUUGUCUGGCCGUACCUCUCAUCACAGAAGCAGGAGACAGACUGGAACUGGUCAUCAGCCGCAACCCACUUGCCAAUGAUGACCCAGAGGACAAUAACAACACUUUAGACCACGCACUUGACCUGUAACACAAAUACAUACACGUGCACAAAACAUACAGAAGACAUAUUGUAACUGGUGAUGAAGCAUAAACUUAUAUCUAGUGGAACUGGCCCAAAAACGCAGACACACACUCACUCACACACUCCACCGGCUUGCAGUAUAUCUGUUUAAAUACAGAGACUCCUACUGGAACACACAUCCUAACACUUGCAUGCUCACACAGUCUCCCCAUCCCAUUUACACUGGGUUGAACUGCUUUUAUACAGUAUGGUCUGUGUGAAAGCAUCACCACAAUACAGAAAAACACACCAAAAGCUCUCCCAAUAACUGGCUGGACUCACAGUGUUGUUUCGACUUCGACAAUGACUUACUCGGCACUUUAAAUAGCCAUUUUUACUCAUUUUAACCUGCAAUACGGGUAAGAUUAUUUCAGUUUUUAUUGCAAGGCCAUAUGCUCCCAUGAACCUACAGUACUUGCACCUGAGAGAUCUGCCUUAUACAAUAUUGUAAGUGAUUUUACCGGAGAAAAAUUCUCAGUUUCGAGUUUCCAUUUGUUUCACGGAAGGUUACUAAGUACUAACAGAAAACGGAACAAACAGUUCAUAAUGGGAGUGUGUCUAUAAUAAAUGUAGCCAUUGUAGAAUUUCAUAAUGCUGCUAAGAUUCUGCUCAAACACUGCUGCUCACUUGACAUUACCAAGAAAAAAACAAAAUUCUGGGGUGGUCAAGUAUAGCUCUUUUUUUCAAGGCAGACUUCUCUAUUGGAUCUUGCUGCACAUUAUAAUGUCACUUUGGUGACAUCACAACGUUGAUUUAUGAAGAUGUCAUCAGCGAUGCCAUCACAACUGCCAAACUGUUAUUUUGUUUCAUGCUAUCAUAAAAUGAAAGCGAAAGGAGGGAACGGCGUAAUUUCUGCUCCCAAUGAAAAAUGGUGUCUUAAGUGGAAUUGACCAAUCAUGGCUUUUGCUACACCAUAAAUGAGCAGAUGACAUGUGGCUGUGCCCCAGAACAAACUGUACUGCCAAACGAAGAACAUCUACCUGCAUUUGAAAUGUGCCAAAUGUUAUGACAUUAUCCACUAUAUCAAUAGUUGUCUGAGAUCACUGGGUUCACCUCAUCAUAUUUCAUUGCAAAGACUACAAUGUCAAACAACAGUAGCAUUUCAAAUUCAUUUCAAAUCGCAAAAUUAUUAGAUUUGAGGUUCAGAGUGAUUUAAUGUAACAUCUGUUUGUCUUUAAUGGCAUAUUUGUGUAAGGAUGUGUGCCGCAGAAUAAAUUAACUAGCAGCUAGUUUAAUUUUAAGAUGUUAAGUCUGAUUUAUAUAAUCCAACAACAAAAGGAUCAUUUCACUUACCAGCAACCUCAAAACUAAUAUACACUGUGAGCCACUGGGACCAUUCUUGGAGAAGAAUGCCUAAGCAGUGAAUAAAGCAGUUCCCACUAGCAGGCAGUGUCAACACAAUGACAAGUGUGAUUUAGGAGGAUCUAUAGGAAUUAAAACAUUCAUAAUUUUCCAUUGGAGUAUCACUUAUAAGUAUGAAUGAUCGUGUUUUCAUUUGUCCAGCAUGAGAUCAGCAUUUAUGGUUAUGGGCCUUCUGCAGUAAUGCCCAAGUGUCGUGCCGCCAUAUUUUACAGAAGAGACAAGACACAGUUGUUCCAGAACUGGAAUAUUACCAAACUGGAAUAUUUGAUAAUAUUCCAUUUUUUUUGUUUUCUUUUUUAUUAUAUAAUCUUUAUUUCUUCUACACAUCUAAUAAGGAAGUGGUAUACAGUUGCUUGUGAUCUGCAGCCUCACCACUAAACCCUAUGUGGUCCUUGAGGAAGAUUCAAUUAUUGAAGAGUCUCAUUGUCAUGGAUCAUUUAUGCUGUUGUAUAGAUGUUAAGGUAGUGGGAACAACAAGCAACAAGUCAUAAAGAAGUAACAUUCUCUUUGUUGUGGCUUUUAAUUUAACAGCCUUUUAAACUAGGACACACAGUUCAUUCAAAUAAUAGCUAUAGAGCACUACUGCUGUUUGAAUUUAUUGGUAACACUCACCCUUUUGCACAAAGAUUAUGAACAAAGUCAAUAGCAUCAUCUGCUAUCAGACCUACUUCACUAGGUUGCUGGUGGAGCCAGACUAUGGACAAAUUUCCGACACACACAUUCUUACACAAAAGGCUCUGAUAACAAAGGAAAUGAAACCGUGCAGUGUGUGUGUGUGUGUUAUGCAUUUAUUAUCAAGCCAUUUUGUUGUGUCUUUCAUGGAUGUCUGUUUAUGAUGUGCAAUUUGUAUGUGAGUGUAUCAGCAGAUUCUAUUCCAAGGUGCAAUUGGAAAUUUCCAGAGUUUGGCCUGAGUUAAACUGAGCCACUAUCCUUUAAUGGUCAGCACCCUUUGAAGCACUGUGAGCAUUCCUGACUACUUGUGUGUGCUCAUUUGCAAUUUCACCAUGGAUCCAAGAUUGAGCUGAGAACAAACAUUAGUUAGAACAGAGUUUGUGCCAAAUGUUAUGUCAAGGAUUGAGAACUGGUUUUCCCACUAUUAACCUUCACCACAACAUUAAGUGUUGUGGUUUCCUUGACUGACAGCUCAUUAGUGCAAGAUUCUAAGCAAUUAAGAUAAGAUAAGAUAAGAUGACCUUUAUUAGUCCCACACGUGGGAAAUUUGUUUUGUCACAGCAGGAAGUGGACAGUGCAAAAGUU